AAUAUGAAUUAUUAAUGGUGUACUUGAAGAAAAGUGCAACAUCAACUUCAUCGAAGGAUUUUUAAAUAUUAAAUGCUAACUCACUAGGCAAUAUAAUUUAUCAUUAUAAGUUUCAUUAUAUUUAUUGCUAUAGAACACGGUUUUAUUUUUAUUUAGUGAAAUAUUAUGGCUGAAGUAAGCAUUAAGAAGUUUAGUGCAGUGGAUUUUAGCCCGGAUAAAUAUGUGAAGGAAAUAUCACAAGUGUGCAUUGGAGGACAAGACCUACAGCAGCAUCGUACUAAAGUGCUAGGUCUUUCUGAAGAGACAAGUGCGGCAUUGAAGAAAAAUGUCUACCAGAAUUACAUGCAGUUCAUCGAAACUGCAAAGGAAAUUUCUCACUUGGAGUCUGAGAUGUAUCAGCUGUCUCACUUAUUAACGGAGCAAAGAUCUCUUCUUGCAGCCCUUUCGCAAACUCCUGCGGCUGCAUUAGAGAACAACACCAAAGAUGACAAUGAGUCGACAAAGAAAGAAGAUAAGCGAGAAAAACUACUGGCAGCCAUUGCUGAGAAAGUAGAAGGAUGUGUUAGCUUGCUAGAUGUACCAAAUAGAGGCUUACUUUACGAAGGAGAUCUUCUUGAAUUGGAUCCUCUUGAAAAUACGCCAUUGCACAGAGUGCAUGCUUAUUUAUUGACUGACAUUCUUCUAAUUUCAACAUGGAUCUCUAACAGGAGAGGACCAGCACGUUACAAGUUUCAAACUCAAUAUGAACUUGGAAGUCUGGCUGUAGUGAAUGUUCGAGACCUUGGCAGCAUCCGCCAUGCUUUCAAACUCCUCGCCUUCCCCGAUUCCAGAGUAUUUCAAUGCACCAAUAAUCAAUCCAAGAGGGAAUGGUUGGAUCAAUUCGAAACGGCGAAAAAGGCGCGCUUAGCUGUGGAUCAGCAGAAGAGAGAGACUGUGCCCACUGCCAGCGAACAGCGAUCACCAGUGAGAACUGAGUCCAUUGAUUCCUGCACCAAUCCAUUUGGAGAUCCGGACUCAGAUCACGAUUACGACUCGAUGGAGGAGACUCCCGAGUGGCUGCUGGAGGUGCCGGAUGACCUUGAUGUGCUGAUUGUCGAGAGGCACUACGAGGAUGCGCACGCACUCAUCCAACGAAGCAAACAGUAUCUAGAGAAGGCGCCUCAGAAUCCGGCCAACCUAGAUCUCAAGAAAAAACUAGAUCUUCGUAUCAACUCUUUGAUUAGUGUCCUAACUUCAGAGCUUUCAGUAUCUCCUGAUAAAUCUUUGCAAGGCGGAUUAAGAGCUUCACGUCGAGCAAUGCGUUUACUCAAUCUUCUGGGAAAAACUACUCAGGCAUGCGAUCUGUUUCUCAAAUUAUGUUCGAGUAUUCUGAAAACGCAAAUGAAACGAGUGAAGAGAGAGGGCGCGGCUGUUGUCUAUGUAAAGCGUCUCAGUAGAAUAUUCUUCUCAAAUCUGUCGGAAAUGAUUCGAGAAUUUCAGAUCAGGACGUUUUCAAAUUGUCCUGAAAUAGCAUCAGUGUUCACAGUUUGGGUGAGCCAGGAAUUGAUUCAUUUCACAUCCCAUCUCAUCAAACAAAUAUUCGUGCCUCAGUCAGGUCUUUCCACAUUGGCUGAAUGUGUUACACUCGUUAGGGAGCAAUGUGAACAGCUCAACGAUCUUGGAAUCGAUGUGUGUUUUCAAUUGGAAGGUCAGUUGAGCUCGCCUAUCACGAGAGCCCUGGUUGAAACUAGAGACAAGCUGGUGGAUGCAGUGAAGCUGAGAGCUGCAGAAGACUCGUGGCAUCCUCUCAAUGUGGUCUCCAGGCAAGCACUGCUCAGGAUGAAUGCUGAGUUCACCAGUCAUGGACUCAUGGAUCUGCACCAGUUUCAGACAGGAGAAUGGUGGUUGGAACUAACAAGCAAUACGGUUGCCUUCACCAAAUUGUUUAUAUCGGUAUUGAAGGAUGGCUUACUCUUAGUGUCCACUGAUUCUAUGCAUUCCUUGGACAAAGUUAUCUACGAUGUAUUCUCAGCUCAGCUGAAGCACGUCUUGGCGUCAUUACGCUCGGAAAAAUUAGUAAAUCAGAGACCUCUCAUAGUGAAGAAUGGCAAGUUUUUAAUGGACUGUCUUCGCGUUGCCUGCUCACACAUGACUCUGCAUAACAACUGUCGAUUGAAGGAGCUGCACAAACAGUUUUCAGAUGCCUUUUCAAGUAGUUUUGGCCCUAGUUCAACUACUAAAAUAGUUACUGAUUAUAUUUGAAAGCAUUAUGUAUACAUUAUUGAUCUACUUGAAAUUGAAUAUAUAAUUAGUUAUUUACCA